CGUUAUUUCUCCUACAGCGUACAUGAUGGCAACAUUGGCCGGACAUAUGAAAUCAUCAAGUGGCUCUGCUUUUAUUUUUUUGGGGUUGGUUCCCCAAACUAUGGUAAUGAACUUCUUCACCAAGUGUGUGACUUUUGGUGGCAUUUGUCACCAGAGACCCACUUGACAAUACUCACUUGUUAUUUGGUCAACCCUUCUGGAUUGCCAGGGCAGUUCCAUGAGCACGAUCUUCUUCAAGAGCACCUCAACUUUUGGCUGAAGCAU